AACCUCUAAAAACUAUAUUAUAAGAUAAAUAAAGAUAACUCUUAUCAUCUACUUUUUAAUUUUGUGUUCCUUAAUCAGAUAAUUUCAAUGUAUAUUAAACAAAAUGUUCUAUGAUGUCAUUGGUUGAGCUAUUGCAUCUGAUUGGCUUAUCUUGUAGAUACUUUAAACAGAUUGAUCAGUUUUAAAAUGAAAGACCGGCAUCGGUUUAACCUACAAAAAGUUAUUUGUUGUAUAAAAUUAAACAGUACCAAGUAUAAAUUCGAAUUGUAGGAAAAAUGACUGAGACACAACAGAAAACAAAAUGUAUUACAUUAAAAGGGUCUGCGGAAUUGGUGAAACAAUAUUUACUUUAUGGAAUCAACAGUAUACUUUAUCAGAGAGGAAUUUAUCCUCCUGAAACAUUUGAACCAGCGGAACAGUUUGGUUUAUUCUUUUUAAUGUCAACGGAUGAGAAAAUCAAGUCAUUCUUAGAUACUGUAUUAGGUCAGAUUCAAGAAUGGCUUGUUCAGCGAAAAGUUCAGAAAAUAACUUUGGUUAUAACAAAUGUUAAUACAAAGGAAGUUUUAGAGAAAUGGGAUUUUAGAGUUGACUAUGAAGGCCAUACGCCAAAAAGUAUAAACGAUAAUAACAUGGUAGAAUUGCCUGAAGUUGGUACAAAGGAUGUGAAAACUAUCCAAAAAGAAAUUCGAGAAGUUAUACGUCAAAUUACAGGUACUGUAAGUUUUCUACCUUUAUUGGACUGUUUAUGUUCCUUUGAUAUACUAACUUAUACUGUCCAAGAUUGUAACAUUCCAAAAGAAUGGGAUGAGACUCAACCAGUAUUUAUAGCAAACAGUCAGGAAGUACAGCUCAGGUCAUUUUCAACAUCUAUCCAUAAGAUGGACACGAUUGUCAGUUAUAAAAAUGUUUGAAUAAUUAUGAUAACGAAUAAUUUAUAAAUGUACAUAUAUCUUUUGAAGAACUAUACCUUAAACAAUUAUCUUUUUAAUAAAAAGUACUACCAAUUUUUAAAAAUCUCAAUAAAUAUUUUAAUAAUGAUAUUGUGUGUAAACAUUGAAAUGUUUAAGAUUGUUUACUACCUCUAGGUUUUUAAUAGUUUACUUCAUCAAUGAGAACAGGCAUAAUUCUUGACCGAUUUUGACGAACAAAGUCUCAUUUUAAAAACGAAGGUUUAAUCUACGGUGACUUUUCGGAAGAUUUGUGAAAAAACUUUAUUUUCUUUGAAAAAGAUCGUAUUGAAGAAUGGUAUUUUUCAAGAAUAGCUUAUGCACAAAUAAAAAGCUUUUUCAAACGUCCGCCGAAAGAGUACUGUAGAUUAAACCUUCGUCUUUAAAAUGUGAGCUUGUUUAUCAAAAUUGGUCGAGAAUUACUUUUGUUCUCCCUAAUGAUGCAAAUGCCGUUUUCGACAUUUUUCGCAAAGAAAACGUUUAAUACUGUGGCGCCGAAAUUUACGGCAAAAGAAAUGAAGCUCGUACGCCCACUACUGAUUUUCAUAUACGUGUUUAAAUGGUUUGUUUUAUGUCAUGAAGUAGCGAUUAUCUAGUUGGUUGUGUGCGUAAAUAGAUAAUGCUCAGAUUUUUUUAACGUUUCCAAACGCAAAGAAAUGGACUUCAUGAUGCUCGCACGGAGGAAUUAUGAUGAAAACCGCAGCGGCCGCCCAAAAACGAUGGCUUAUCAAAGCCAUGCUUGAUGAAAAUCGGCGAUAUAGUUUGCGCGAGGUAAUGAAUGCCACUAGGAUUCCCAAAACAACAGUGCACAAGAUGGAAUAUGUUAAUCAAACUGUGAAGUUUGGGUUCCGUACUUACUGACGGAGACCAGCUUUAUGAAUCGUAUCUCUACGUACGACUUAUUUCUCCAGUGACAUGAAAAGAAUCCGUUUCUGAAGAGGCUUGUCAUUGGAGACGAAACUUGAAUUUGAUAUGAAAAUGUGCAUGGAAAACACAUUUGGUGUAAGGACAAUAGGUCUUCAACUGUCGUAAAGUCGAGACUACAUUCCAAAAAAGUUCUUUUGUCCAUUUAGUGAGGAUUGGAAAGGCGUAAUUUUCUACAAGCUCCUUCCUCAAGGUGAAACAAUAAAUUUUACGAAAUAUUGUCAUCAAAUGGAUCAAUUGAAAGCUGCCAUAGCAAAAAAACGACCAGAAUUAAUGAACCGAUGAGGCGUUGUUUUUCAUUAUGACAACGCGAGACCACAUAUUGCAUUAGCGGUAAGAGAAAAACUCUUACAGUUUGAUUGGGAUGUUUUAUCGCAUCCUGCAUACUCUUCAGAUCUUGCUCCAUUUGAUUAUUACUUCUUUCUGACUUUAAAAAAUUCUCUUCGCGAUAAGCGCUUUAAAUCCAUCAUUAAAAUAAGAGCGCACUUCCAGGAUUAUUUUUUGUCCAAAACACAACAAUUUUGGAAAGAAGAUAUAAUGAGGUUUCCUGAGAAAUGGAAGAAGGUAAAAGAGCAAAAGGGUUCUUAUAUAACAAAAUAAAUAAUAUCUUAAACAGUAAA